ACUGUUGAUGUUAGUGACAGGUGUGUUGACGUGAACAGCUGAUGGAAAUAUUUGUCAUCAAACACCGCAAACAGUGAAUUGAUGCGUCUUUAUUUUAAUUAAAUUAAUAUUGCAAUAUGGCAUCAGCUAUAACAGACAAAGUCAGAGAAAGGCGAAGUCGGGUUCUUCUUGGUCCCCUUCCGGAAGAUUUUCUCCGUAUCAGUACUUCCGUGCAGCAACAGCAGGAAGCUGCAGAUCGACAAACAGCCAUAGCUCUGCACCACCAACUAAGCGGUGGUCAGCAAUACACAAAUGCCGUGGGGAGGCUCAGCAUCACUGUUGCUCAAGCGAAGCUCGCAAAAAAUUAUGGAAUGACUAGGAUGGACCCUUAUGCUCGGAUUCGUGUCGGUCAUUGUGUUUACGAAACGCAUACAGACCCAAACGGCGGAAAAAACCCGCGAUGGAACAAAGUUAUUCAUUGUUUGUUGCCUCAAGGCAUCAAUACCAUAACGUUAGAAAUAUUUGAUGAACGCUCAUUUACGAUGGACGAAUUAAUCGCCUGGACUCAAUUCCAGAUCCCUCAACAGGUCCUUGCAGGAGAGACUCAUGAAGAUUGGUAUCCUUUGAAUGGGAAACAAGGUGAAGGUGUAGAAGGAAUGGUUAAUCUCGUUUUAAGUUAUCUAGUUUUUCCUUCAUAUAAAUAUCAACCACCGGCGCCCGUAAUGGUGGUACCUAAUGUAACAGGUGGUAAUGUUACACCUUUGAAAGUAUAUACUGCACCACCUACUGAAGGUGCACCUGCAUUGAGUGAGUCUGAGCUCAAACAGAUUGAGGAAAUGUUUCCAAAUAUUGAUAAAGAAGUGAUUAAAACGGUAUUUGAGGCUAAUAGGGGCAAUAAAGAUGGUACCAUCAAUUCUUUACUCCAAAUGGCAGAAUAAAUUAAUCAGUAAUCUCUUUUUACGCCAUAAUUAAUAUUUAGUUGCAGAUUCUAGUCGUAGCUUUUUAAAAUUUCAUGUUUAGAGUUUAUUAAACGACCAAAGUUCAUUAUUUUGUUUAAUUCAUCAAGUGCCAAAAAUUUUGUCAUGCUUUUUGAUUUGCUUAAUGCGUGCAAUUUUAAUUUUUUAACGACUUUACUGAAACAUUUCCAUUGUUAAUUCCAACUCAUUGUUAUUCAUAUUUUAUCUACUAUGUUAUAUUUAAUCAUAUUGUUGUCGCAAAAUAAACAACAAUUGUAUUUAUGUAUGUAAC